AUGAAAAAGGAUGAUCAUGAGCUUGAAAAUGAUUUUAUGACAAGACCAUUAGAAAAAGCAACCUCAGACAGAUCAUCACCAUCUCCUCCAUUGUCUGAAGAACCUCUCAGUUCCUCCCAAAGCCCAUCUUCUUCAGAUCACUCUUAUGCCUUCACUGACAGUGGCAGGCCAGCAGCUGGCAAGAACAACAAGAUCAAGAAACUCGAGAGAAAAGGAACCGACUUUGUUACAGAAUUCGCGAACACGGUGCAUACCUUGAGAAUGGGGCCAAGACUUUCUGAGACAGUGAAGGGGAAACUAAGUGUUGGUGCCAAAAUAAUAAGAAAUGGAGGCAGAGAGAAUAUAUUCAGAGACAUAUUUGGGUUGUUCCAUGGAGAAAAAUUGCUAAAGGCUUCUCAGUGCUAUUUAUCCACAACAAGCGGGCCGAUUGCCGGGAUUUUGUUCAUAUCCACUCAAAGAGUUUGCUUUUGCAGUGAAAGAUCCAUUAAUGUUCAAUCUCCUUCUGGGGGCCUCCUUAAAAUACCUUACAAGCUUUCAAUUCCGGUGAGGAAGAUAAAAGGAGCUUACGAAAGGGAGAAUGCAGACAACCCGGCACAGAAGUACAUGGAGAUAGUGAGCCAAGAUGAUUUUGAGUUUUGGUUCAUGGGGUUUGUGAGGUAUGAGAAAGCCUUUCUGAAUUUGCAGAGAGCCAUUUCUAUGACAGGGUAG